AUGGCGGACGAGGAGUUCGCGAUCACGGGUUUCUCGGCCUAUUUUCCGGGAGCCGACCACUUGGUCGAGUUCAAGGAGAAGUUGUAUGCCGGCGUGGACUUCAUCACAGAUGACGAGAUGCGCUGGCCUCGAGGUCACCUGGGCCUUCCCGAACGAAUGGGCGCGAUCAGCGACCUCACCCGCUUCGACGCGCAGUUCUUCGGCGUGCACCCGAAGCAGGCGCACAAGAUGGAUCCCCAGCUGCGACUCCUGCUGGAGACCUCGUACGAAGCCAUUGUGGACUCCGGCUACGACCCGGCGACCUUGCGCGGACGCAGGGUAGGCGUCUUCAUCGGUGCCUCCGACUCCGAGAUGUUGGAAGCGUUGAGCGUCGACACGGACAAGAUCGACGGAUACGCGCUGGCCGGCUGCUGCAGGUCCAUGUUCUCCAACCGCAUCUCCUUUUCGCUCGACUUCCACGCGGCUGUGGAACACCUGACCAAGGCAGCGAUCAGACCUGCGACGUAG